AUGCCGACUCUCCAGUCAGUUCCAGUAGUCAAUGAAUUUCCAGACGUGUUUCCAGAUGAACUUUCGGGUCUGCCUCCUAAAAGGGAGAUAGAUUUUUCUAUAGAUGUGCUGCCAGUUCGGACUACUUAUUCCGCAGAGGACUACGCCAGACUGUAUAUUAAGGAGAUAGUCAGGCUCCACGGCGUUCCUGUAUCCAUUAUUUCCGAUAGAGGUGCCCAGUUCACAGCUAAUUUCUGGAGAUCAUUCCAAGAAGGACUGGGGACUCAGUGGCGUCAUGAGAUUCGGCGAGUAAAAGGGAAGCUUAGCCCAAGGUAUAUCGGACCUUAUCAGAUCGUCCGCAAAGUUGGAAAGGUUGCUUAUGAACUGAAUUUGCCAGCGGAUUUGGAAGCGGUACAUCCGGUAUUCCAUGUGUCUAUGCUUCGUAAAUUUAUCGGCGACCCUUCUAGAGUAUUUCCUGUAGAGGACAUUCAGGUGACUGAGGAGCUGUCCUACGAGGAACAGCCGGUAGCCAUUCUGGACCGCCAAGUGAGGAGACUACGCACCAAGGAUGUGCCUUCGGUUAAGGUAUUAUGGCGGAACAACAACCGCGAGGAAAUGACUUGGGAGGCCGAAGAAGAAAUGAAGAAGAAGUACCCUCACUUGUUUCCGGCGCCCCCAGUCAAGAAGAAUGGCAUCGACAAAAAGACGUUGAUUGAUGAUAUUGGAAGCUAUACAGUGUACAG